AUGUCAAAACAACAGCCGACAUGGCAGGGCAACAUUCGACUUGCAGUGGCAACAAUCGACAUGAAGGGCAACAACCGACAAAUAAAAGUUUUCUGGAUAUUCAUCCUUAUGGUGCUAAAUAUCGAGAGCCAUGUGACUGGCAGCCCGGUACCUUGUCAACAACCCGGAAACAACACACUUAAGAACCAAUGGAUGAGGUUACAUUCCGCUCAGAAUGCCAGCACGCUGGUGUCACGGCAGGCCAGUAGGGUUGCAACUAUCAUCGAGAGCAGCAAAACGUCCGGGAGAACCUGUCCAACCACGCUCUCUACUGAUCCGAACCAACCCGAAGAGCGUCGCUCCCUCUGUCCGUGGUCCUACCGAAUAAACCACGAUCCUACUCGAUACCCCGUGGAUCUUCCCGAAGCAUUCUGCCUCUGUAGCAACUGCAUCUCCAAUCGCAUCAACACCUGUGAGGCCGUUUAUUACGAAGUGCCCGUAUUGAGACAAACUCAGCAAUGUAACUCUGGCUCGUACGUUUACGAGGAGACCUUCCAGAAAAUAGCUGUUGGCUGCACGUGCACUCAACCGCGGUUAGCCAUCGCACAGCCAAUCCAGCGGAGCGGUCCAGAUCCCAGUGGAUUUUAG